CCCUGUUGCUGGUCUGUCAGUCUCUUUCACAGCCAAAUUCGCCAAACAAAACAGGAGGUCAUUUCAGUACACAUCCGUCGAUUGAAGGAGACUAGGGACUACUAUCGAGAGAGGGCGAGUGAUGGCAUCGGGCUGGGGAAUCUCAGGGAACAAAGGUAGAUGCUACGAUUUCUGGAUAGAUUUCAGCGAGUGCAUGUCUCGUUGCCGUGAACCCAAGGACUGUGUUCUCCUUCGUGAAGACUACCUGGAGUGCCUCCACCACUCCAAAGAGUUUCAACGGAGAAAUCGUGUUUACAAGGAAGAGCAGCGUCAACUCAGAGCAGCUGCGCGGAAGGGCAAGGAAGGUGGAGAUGUUAUUGAUAAACACCAUUAGCCGUAAUCAAUUUCCUUUCAAAACUUCUACUAAUAAAAGAAUAUUUGAAGAUGUUGUAUUUGUCUGAACUAGUAUUUUGACUUGUUCAAGCAAGUGACAUUACUUUUGUUUACUCUUUGAUGGAUGUGGGCGGUUUUGGUUUGUGCAAUAAGGUAAAGGUCAAUAACCUCUACUUGUGUACACGUAUUUGCUACUUGAGUCUAAGUAUUUGUCUCGUUAUGCCAAUUUGAUACUUGGAACCUCUUCAGAUA